AUGGAUGACUCUAAAUAAAAUAAGAUUUAUGUAAUUGAGUAAUGUAGUCUUAUCGAAGUUUUUGAAUAAUCAUAUCUUAAGUUCUCUUGGUAGAUCAAAUAUUAAAUUGUACAUAAUUUGAAUAAUAAAGAAUAAUAGGGCUAAAAGAAAAAAAUACUAAAAAGUAGUAUUAUUUUUUACUAUUAAGUAGCUUAAUUGUUUUUUAAUGUUAUAAUACUAAGUUUUAUUAUAUUAUUCUUUUUUUCAGAAGUAUCAUAUAAAAAAUUAAAUUAGGUUAGAAUAAAUAGAAAUUAAAAGGGCAUAGUGGAUAUGUCUUCACAGUAAAUUUUUCUCCUGAUGGUACUACAUUGGCUUUUGAUAGUUGAAAUAAUUCUAUUUGGUUAUGGGAUGUAUAGUUUGAAGUGGAAAAGAAAAAAUUAGAAGGACAUAUUGGAUAUGUCUAUUCAGUUACUUUUUCUCCUGAUGGACCAUUUUAGCAUCAAAGUAGUGGAGACAAUUCUAUCCGAUUAUGGGAUCUUUAAUUUUAAGAUGAGAAAACAAAAUUACAAAAAUCGAAGUGUUAAGUUUUGUCAUUAUGCAUAUCAUAUGAUGGUACAGUUGUGGCUUUUGGAAAUGGAGACAAUUAUAUUCUUUUAUGGGAUACCUUUCAAGGAAAAGAACUGA